AUGAACAUACCCGCUGGAUCACCGUUAGGUUCAGCAUCUAUACCAUUAUCAUCUCCUGCUCAGCACUCAUUAUCGACUCAUUCACCAGUAGCUAAUGCAUCUAAUAUUCAUAUUCAUCCAUCAGCACAAACUCGGCCGGCUGCUGCUCAUCAAUCACCAGUACAAACUCGACCUACAAUUACCAGUCAUCAAUCGCCAGUACAAACUCGACCUACCAUUACCAGUCAUCAAUCACCAAUACAAAGUCGACCUACCAUUACCAGUCAUCAAUCACCAGUACAAAGUCGACCUACCAUUACCAGUCGCCAAUCACCAGUACAAAGUCGAUCUAUCAUUACUGACCUUCAAUCACCGAUACAAAAGAGACCAUCUACGACGACGACGACGACGACGACUGUUACUACUAAUAAUAAUAUUACUACUGCUCCAUCACCUUCUUCUUUCGCUUCUACUACCGCUACUGCGACUAUUACAACUACUACUACUUCUGAUAUGACUACUCAGCUCUCACCAACAACAAAUCGACUAACCACUGCUACUGAACAUUUGCCACAGUCAAAUAGAUCAAUGAUCGGUAUGCAACAGUCACCCAUGCUUCAACAGAAAACCGCUUCCCCACCUCCACCAAAGCAAGUUCUACAACCUCGCCCUCAAUUACGAGUUCAUAUUAAGAAACGACGACCACAAAGUCCAAGACCUUGUGUGAAAGAGGAUACCGACCCAAUGUUACCUGAACUGGAUAAGGUGAACCUUCGACGUCUUACGGUUGCCAUUUUGAAGAAUCUUGGUGUUGUGAUGACUGUCGAUGAAUUACCAACUGUAGAUAUAGAUCAACAUUUACCAACGGAUUCAGAACAAGUACUACCUGCAGCUGCGAUGCAAUUGAUUACAACAAUGAUUUUGGGAACGUCUGGGGAUAAAGAGGUAUCGCAAACAGUUGGAUCUCAAAUCUGUAAUGGUGAUUUAGUGGCUUUACAACGAAUGAUAGUGGCUGGAUUGAAAACGAAAAAUAUUGUCAUACAUACCGUACAAACAUCUAUGCCUUCAUCAUCAUCACCUUCUAUAGCAACGCCUUCAGCAGUAUCAUCUCAAAAGGUUACUUUUGACCUAUCUACAGUCACUUAUCAUACACCAUCUAAUGUUACUCGUUUGUUUCUACGACUUUAUCGAUUUAUUCUCAAUAUACUUUUAUCCACACCCGAUUGCUGGCCAUUUAUUCAACCUGUGCCUGCAUCUGCUGUAUUUUAUCAUCAAGAAAUCAAAUACCCCAUGGAUUUAUCAACAAUUGAACAAAAUAUGUGGAAUGGAUUGUAUACUCGUUUUGCCAAGUUUGAACAAGAUAUGCAACUAAUCUGGAAGAACGCCAAAUCUUUUCACCGGAAUGCUGGUGCAAUACCAAAGCACGCUGAAAACUUGGAAAAUCUUUUUUACAAGGUGGUACUGGACCUGAAGAAGCAAAUUAGUAAUUAUCGAAAACCAUUACAUCAACGUGUUACAUGCCAGUUCAAAUUUGAUACCUCUGAUGCAUUACCUGAAGAAUCUGAUUUCUCAUACCCACCUAUGAAACAGGUUUUCUCCAAACAAAGUAUUCUGUAUGGUAUUGCAGCUAUCUCACCUUUGGAACCAAAAGCAAAGAAACCAAAAGGACUCACUUACGACAAACAAUUAUACCUUCAACUUAACGGACCCUUUUUCCAUGCGGUUGAACAAAUGAAACAAGAUCCUUUUGGGAAUCAUCCACCAGUACCAAGAUUUUACAUUGCUAAGAAUCGUACACUACUUCGACAGGUUCGCGCUCAAGGUGUAUUGGCGAUUUUUUACAAUACAAAAACAACUCGAACUGGAUCAAAAGCUCAUAAGGUGGAAACGGAUGUAGUGAUCGCUUACCCAGCAAGCCCUCUCUUUGACAUUGAUCAAACAGAUGAUUUUGCUCCCAAAGGUUGGAUCCAUCUUCGGCCUCUCAAGGUGAUAGAAAAGAUGGUAUUUAGUGUCAAUGAAACAAUUGAAAGGGACUACUUUCGACGUAUGUUUGCAACUUCCAAAUUUACAGUGAUGGAUGACAACAACAAGCCAACUUCUGCCGCGGCCAACAACAACAAAAGUGAAACCAAAAGGAUAUUAAAGAAAAUGGUGCAACAGAUAUUGGAUCUACCAGAGACUGAUGAUAACAAUGAAGAUGAAGACUCAAGAGAACAAAUCCUUGAUAGGAGACAGUCAUCAAAUCAUCGACAACAACAAAAACAAAAACAUCACAAACCAUCCGCUUCGACAACAACAUCAAAAGAAAAACCCAAUGAGUCUUUCUCUUCAGCAUCAUUUUCGACACCAGAAGAUAAUCAGCGAUCUACACUAUCUCCAGAAUCAGUCUCAUCCAUUGUCUCUCCUCAAACCAAAGCCUUGGAAACAGUCAUUCCGACUAUCCCUGUCUCACAUUCAAGAAAAUCUGAAAUGUCUCACAAAGUUUGGCAAAAACUACUGAAUGUUUGUACAUCGAAAGGUGCCGAUAUUGUCAAUGUUCAAGAAAAAUAUGAUCACCUCAAUUGGAGUGCACCCGAUUCUGAAGGUUUCUUCAAACAAGUUUAUUUUUUGAAUCAAGUGGUUGUACAGACAUUCCGACAAAUGACCAUGUAUCAACGUAUCACUGAAGUGGCAUGUCUCAUAUACCAAACAACAUUGAAACAAUAUACACAUGCCCACUCCCAUCAUCGUUUGACAGCUUAUCAGAAAUAUGACAUUGUUUAUCAGAUGCUUGAUUGUAUGAAAACAAUCCACAAGGCUGGACUUGCUCAUCGGGACCUAUCUGAAGUCAACAUUAUGGUGAAUACGAUCGAUGGGGAAUUAGAAGAUGGCACUAGCAAAAUAUGUCUUUAUUUGAUUGAUUUUGGUAAAGCGGUCUUUUGUGAUUCUCAAGAUUUAUGUGAAUGGUUUGUGGAUGUACCUCGUUCUGCUGGUGAAUAUGAUGGUGAUGUGGUACCUGAAAGCGAAGAAGAAUUGAAAACAUGGUGUGAAUCUUUACCUUGGAUUAAAGGCAAACCUGAUCAUGGAUAUAGGAUGUAUAGAUCCAUUCAAACACUUCCAAAGACACGUUCAGAUACUCAAGUACUACCUUGGCUAAUUCAUCCACAAUCAGAAGAUGUUUACUCGAUUGGAGUCAUGAUUUGGAAAAUAUUUACGGAAACAGAGCCAUGGCGAGGAAUUUUGGAUACAGAUUUGCAAGGACUACGAUAUGUGGCAGAAGAUGAUUAUAGGAUUCAACGAGCAUUGGAACAUGAAGUGCAUGGUGAAUUAAGUCGACAAUUAUUACUUAAAUGUCUUCGUACUCGACCUCAAGAUCGUGAUACUGCUGCUGAUAUACUAGAGUGGCUUGGACAAGAUGAUAUUCGCAUUGGAUUACUGAAUGAAUGGAAAAUGUAUUCAUCCGAAACUCGUGCUACUAGGAAGGUGAAAACCAUGUAUGGUUUUGACUACAAUGACGCCACUUCUACCACUAAUUCGAAUGCGGGAACAGUGACAGCAACAACAACAACUGAUGAUAAGCGAAACAAAAGGGCAAGACGUGGUAAUGGUGGAACAAAUACAAAAAGCAAAGGACGAUCAAGAAAGCUCAUGGAUAUGAAACUAGAUUGA